AUGGAACGAAAAAAAUUAUCAAUAAUAUCACCAGCUAAAGUUGAAGAAAAUGAUGAGCUUCAUCUAGUUAUUAUAAAAACAGAUUUUGUUGAGGACAGUUCGUUACGAAAAAAGAAUUAUUUAUUCGAUGGCUAUUUACCAUAUGUUGCUCAUGGUAAACAUGCACAAAUUUGUUCACAACCUGUUCAUGCUUCAACAGAUAGAUAA